AUCACGACUAUGAAUGAAGCUCGCAUUGGGGCUUGCCUCAUCUGGUCCUCAGAACUGUUCUUCCAGCCUGUCGAGCUCAGACUGGCUCUCGAACGCACGAAGGCCAACCUCGAUGACGCUCACUCCAUUGCGUGGAACCGUUUCUAUUGCUUUGCGCCAGAUGGGCCUUUACACUCUGAGAGCGUCGCUCUCCAACCUGCAGAGACACGCGCAUCACAGUCUCUUACGGCUCUCAUGGCGCAGGGUAUCCUAUCUCGCUGGACAAGAUACGCCAGGCAGCACGGCCUGACUCCCGAUACCAAGGAAUACAGGGCGGAGCGUCGCCAGUUCAUCGGAGACGCCGUCAACGCCGGUUUCCUUGCCCACUUCGGUAAGAACAUGGGCGACCCUGUCGCCUGGCACAGUCUCUGCGUAACAAUUGGCGUCGAAGGCGCUCAGGACAUGUUUGACAUCAAGGAGUGCAAAGCAGCGCUGAAGGGAAUCUACAUCAACAUUGUCGAGCUUGUGGACGCAGCCGAGGCCGGGGAGACGGUAGCGCACAAGUUUCAGGACGAGGAAAGCCUUAGGGCGUUUACGAAGCAGGCCGGAAUGACCUAUCCUCUCGGCGCCGCCAUCGCAAACCCGUUCUUGCGUAAAUUUCUGAUCAAGGUUUACACAUAAUUCCCAUGUACGUCGAUAGAAUGUCUUUUCUCCCAUGUCCAAUAGUAUCUCAUGGGCCCAUCGAGGAUUGCUAUAUGAGUCAUUGAAUCCUCGUUGCGUCCCUCAUGCCCC